CCGGGCCCUAUAUCCGGUGUCCGCCCGCCCUCGGCUCUGCCGCCGCCGCCGCCGCCGCGAUGCUGUCCCGGUCCCGCUGCGUGUCCCGGGCCUUCAGCCGCUCGCUCUCGGCUUUCCAGAAGGGGAACUGCCCUCUAGGGAGACGUUCCCUGCCCGGGGUCUCCUUAUGUCAGGGACCAAGUUACCCUGACAGCAGGAAGAUUGUCUUCAACAACAGUGUCUGCAAUGUUCGUUUCUUCAGAACAACAGCUGUGUGCAAGGAUGAUGUGAUUACGGUCAAAACCCCUGCGUUUGCAGAAUCCGUCACAGAGGGCGAUGUCAGGUGGGAGAAAGCUGUUGGAGACUCGGUGGCAGAAGAUGAAGUGGUUUGUGAGAUUGAAACUGACAAGACGUCUGUGCAGGUUCCAUCACCAGCCAAUGGCGUGAUUGAAGCUCUGCUGGUUCCCGACGGGGGGAAAGUAGAAGGAGGCACCCCUCUCUUCACACUCAGGAAAACUGGCGCUGCUCCUGCUAAGGCCAAGCCAGCGGAAGCUCCUGCAGCCCCCAAAGCCGAGCCCCCGCCCACGGCAGCGCCCCCGCCCCCACCCCCGGCCGCAGCCAUCCCCACCCAGAUGCCACCUGUGCCCUCGCCCUCACAGCCGCCUGUCAGCAAACCAGUGUCUGCAGUGAAGCCCUCUGCCGCCCCUGCCGUCGCGGACCUGGGAAUUGGCAAAGGUGUCCGUUCUGAACACCGGGAGAAAAUGAACAGGAUGCGACAGCGCAUCGCUCAGCGGCUGAAGGAGGCCCAGAAUACCUGUGCAAUGCUGACUACCUUCAAUGAGAUUGACAUGAGUAACAUCCAGGAGAUGAGGGCGCGGCACAAGGACGGCUUUCUGAAGAAGCAUAACCUCAAGCUCGGCUUCAUGUCGGCGUUCGUGAAGGCCUCGGCCUAUGCCUUGCAGGAGCAGCCUGUCGUGAAUGCCGUGAUUGACGAUGCAACCAAAGAGGUGGUGUACAGGGAUUAUAUUGACAUCAGCGUCGCAGUGGCCACCCCCCGGGGUCUGGUGGUUCCUGUCAUCAGGAAUGUGGAAGGUAUGAAUUACGCCGACAUCGAGCGAACCAUCAAUGAGCUGGGAGAGAAGGCCCGGAAGAACGAACUCGCCAUCGAAGACAUGGAUGGAGGCACUUUUACCAUCAGCAACGGCGGCGUUUUUGGCUCGCUUUUCGGGACACCCAUUAUCAACCCCCCGCAGUCCGCCAUCCUGGGCAUGCACGGCAUCUUUGACAGGCCGGUGGCCGUGGGAGGCAAGGUGGAGGUUCGGCCCAUGAUGUAUGUGGCGCUGACCUACGACCACCGGCUGAUAGACGGCAGAGAGGCUGUGACUUUCCUCCGCAAAAUCAAGGCAGCAGUGGAGGACCCCAGAGUGCUCCUACUGGACCUCUAGGCAGAGCCCCAUGCCCCAGACAUCACCACGCAGGAACUGAAACCCUCUUCUCCCUGUCCCCCCACAGUCCCGGGUCAGCCCCAUGGCAGACCGGUACAUGCUGCUGGCCUCAGGCGAGGCGGCCAGGCCCUGCUCGGGCAGCCGGCCCACAGCCCUCUUCUGGGUGUUCCUGUGAGGCUCCCUCUCUCCCUCCAUCCCUCUCUCUCUCUCUCCCCCAUCCCUCCCUGCGCCGUCUUCCCCCGCCCCCUUCUCCCCUAGGCCGAGGGAGAGAGCCUCUGGGUGCCCCUUCAUAGUCCUGCCUUUCUUCGCUCGCCCAUGCAGAGAGUCGCUUCUCCCCGUGCCGGUAUUACUAUGGAAACCACCAGGGACCAUGUGCUACGUGUCUUUUGAAAGUCUGUUUUCUAGAGACCCCGGGGGGCAGGGGGUGCUGUGCUUCCCAGCUCUGAGCAGCCUGUCUCCUGGCUGUGCACGUGGUCCCCGGACUCCACGCAGGUUGGAGGUGUGGACCCCGGGCCCAAGGGUGCUGCUGUGCUCCUUGAAACGCACCGUCAUCCUCAGUCUCAUUGGCUUCACGAUGCCUCUUCUACCUCUUCCGGGAAGCACAGGCCGGGGGCCGUGGGUGCGGGUGGAGCGGGCAUGGCUGAGCGGGGAGAAGCCGGAGUACCCUACACCGACGACGCGCCUCGCGCCCUCUGUCACCGUCACACACACUCUCAGGCUGUGGGAACCCCGGGGCACCCUGUCCUCCUCUCGAGCGGAUUCGAGGACAGUAUGGCGCGGGACACGAGCUGGUUUUGGCCAAGGGACGGAUUGAGGGACCGGGGUGCAGGGAGUUUCCCGCCCGGUCGCCUCAGCUUGGUGUGAGUGGGGAAGGAAGGAAGGAGGGAAGGGGCAGUUCUGCUCAUCCUGCACUUGGGCGUGAACGAGCGGAGCUGUAGCACUUACUCUGCAGGUAGGGCCGGGGGAAAGUGGCCCGCCACGGGGGCUGGCCAGCGUCCGCACGGAGCCUCUGCCCGGUGCCUGGGCACGGCUGCUGGCAUUCCUCGGAGCAGGUUAACACAGCCUGAAUCCAGCUGCAUCCCGGCAGAACAGGCUGGGCCCAGUGCCGAGACAGCCCGAGUCUCAAGGGAUGGGGAGGAGGAGGAGGAAGGGAGGAGGGGAAGGAGUGAGCCCUCGGGAAGGGA